AUGCCCACUUCAACCAUCGCCGCCAAGGCGCGGCCGCUGCCCGCCGGCGUCUACUGCCCCGUCAUAACCCUCUACAAAAACACGCCUCUCCAAGAAAUUGACCUGGACGCCAUGUACAAACACUGCCAAUACCUCGUCCGCGGCGGCCAGCACGGCCUCGUGUACCUCGGCACGAACGGCGAGCUGGCACUGCUGGACCGCGAGGAACGCAAGCAGAUCCUCGUCACAGCGCGGCGCGCCGUGACGGACUUGGGCGUGCCAAACUACCCGCUCGUGGCCGGCAUUUCGGCGCAGGGCACCAAGGAGACGGUGCAGCUGGCGCAGGACGCGGCCGAUGCGGGGGCGAGUUUUGCGCUGCUGCUGCCGCCGAGCUAUUGGGCGAAGUCCGUGACUGAGGAGGCGCUGUUGGGGUACUAUCGCGAUGUUGCGGAUCGGAGUCCGUUGCCGGUGGUGUGUUAUAAUUUCCCCGGCGUAACAUCCGGCGUUGACCUCGACUCGGACCAGCUCUCCGCCCUGGCCGCGCACCCCAACAUCGUCGGCGUCAAGCUCACCUGCGGCAACGUCGGCAAAGUCGUGCGGCUGGCCAGCAAAUUCUCUCCCGCGCAAUUCGGCGUCUACGGCGGGUCCUCGGACUACCUGGUGCCGACGCUGGAGGCCGGCGGCGUGGGCUGCGUGACCGGCCUCGCGAACGUCUUCCCGCGCGCAACGGCGCGCAUCUUCGACCUGUGGCAGGCGGGGAAGAAAGAGGAGGCGGCGCGCCUGCAGCAGGUGGUGGCGAAUGCCGAGUGGGCGUGCAAGAAGAGCUUGGCUGCGACCAAGUUUGGCGCGUGGUGGUUUGUUGGAAGGAAGAUCGGGUUGGAGGAUGCGAAGGCGUUUGCGCCCAGGAAGCCGUAUUUGGAGACGAAGGAGGCGUUUCAGAAGUGGACGGUUGAGACGAUGAGUGUGUUGGAGGCGGAUGAGGCGGCGAUUCCAGAGGGGAUUAAGGGGUUGUGA